AUGUCGCGAAAACAGGAGGAUGGAAAACAAGAAUCUGUCUCAAGUCGUAAGUAUUUAGAUUUAUUUUAUUCAAAUCAACUCUUUAGUCAAAGCAAGGUUCACCGAAGCCGGAGAUUUCAACUUGGCCAAUCAAUUGCAAGAAGAAGAGUAUAAAGAAUUUUAUGAUAGUAACCGAAACGCCAGGAGAGUAUCGUCUCAAGAUCAUAAAUUAAGUAAAGAGGAACAUCAGAAGAUCCUGGAUGAAUAUCUUCAAAGUCUGAGUGAGACUGAACGGAAGGACGCUGAAUUUGCAAUGCAAUUGCAACGAGAAUUGGAGGAAGAAGAACGAUUGGCCCGGGAGAAUCAGGCCAAGGAAGAUGAGGAACUGGCCAGAAGGUUAGCCCAGGAAGAACGCGCUGGGACUUCCGCCGUGCCCGCUAAUGAAGCAGUAGGCUGACGAUUACAAGCUAUUUUUGCAUAUUUCAGGACUUGAUCGACUUCGGACCUCCUGAAUAA